CUCAUAAAACUCCACCCCCCCUUGAAAGAAUUCUUGUUUCUUACUUUAUACUGUCUAUAUGUUUGAUUUGUACAGCACUCAUAGCCAGAGGAGCUGAGACAUCCGUUCCCCCGACAAGAAACUCUGAUUCUUGCAGAAUGGAUUUGCAAGUAUCAACUCCAAGCGAUCUCUAUGAUGAUUAUGGUGGAUCAGCACCCUGCCAAAAAACAAAUGUGAAACAAGUUGCAGCCCAGCUCCUGCCCCCACUCUACUCUCUGGUAUUCAUCUUUGGUUUUGUGGGGAACAUGUUGGUCUUCCUCAUCCUGAUAAACUUCAAAAAGCUGAAGAGCAUGACUGACAUCUACCUGUUCAACCUGGCCAUCUCUGACCUGCUCUUCCUGCUCACUCUCCCAUUCUGGGCUCACUAUGCUGCAAAUGAGUGGGUCUUUGGGAAUAUAAUGUGUAAAUUCCUCACAGGACUCUAUCACAUUGGUUAUUUUGGUGGAAUCUUCUUCAUUAUCCUCCUGACAAUUGAUCGGUACUUGGCUAUUGUCCAUGCUGUGUUUGCUCUGAAAGCCAGGACAGUCACCUUUGGGGUGAUGACAAGUGGAAUCACUUGGGUGCUGGCUGUGCUUACUUCACUCCCAGAAAUCAUCUUUAUCAAAUCUCAAAAAGAAGGUCUUCAUUAUACAUGUAGUCCUCAUUUUCCACACAGCCGAUAUCAUUUCUGGAAGAGUUUCCAAACAUUAAAGAUGGUCAUCUUGAGUCUGGUCCUGCCCCUACUUGUCAUGGUCAUCUGCUACUCAGGAAUCCUCCAAACCCUGUUUCACUGUAGAAAUGAGAAGAAGAGGCACAAGGCUGUGAGGCUCAUCUUUGCCAUUAUGAUUAUCUACUUUAUUUUCUGGACACCCUACAACAUUGUCCUUCUUCUGCACACCUUCCAGGAAUUCUUUGGACUGAAUAAUUGCAGUAGUUCUAAUAGACUAGACCAGGCCAUGCAGGUGACAGAGACUCUUGGGAUGACACACUGCUGCAUCAAUCCUGUCAUCUAUGCCUUUGUUGGAGAGAAGUUCCGGAAUUAUCUCUCGGUGCUCUUUCAAAAACACAUUGUCAAACGUUUUUGCAAGCACUGUCCAAUCUUCCAGCAAGACAAUUUUGAUCGUAUAAAUUCAGUCCAUACCCGGUCCACAGGGGAGCAGGAAGUUUCUACUGGUUUAUGAUCUGGGCUGAGUUUUGUAUAUUUUUAAUUUUCUAUGUAUCUUGAGAGUAGAAAUAUUUUUUAAGAAAGAAGAUAAUAUCAUAGAGGGCCUAAAAUGCAUGCAUGUUUUGGAUAUUUAUUUUAGAUAGAUGGGGUCUUUUAAAGCCCAUUGGUUUUAGAAAGCCAAAUGAGAAUGUAUCAGUGAGAUAGUGAUCCUUGGCCUCAUUUUCACUCACCUCCAGAUAUGGCAAACUCUUUUUGAGCCACAAAAAUUCACUAUAAAAAAAAUCCCAUGAAUUGGGAGAUUUUUAAGCUUGACUAUCUGAACAGAAAUAACAUCAAUCAAGAAGAAAGCCUUAUACAGUUUUUUUCCUAUACAAGGCAAAAAUUCAGGCUAUAAGUAUAACUUAAAAUAGAUCUUUGUCUUGUCCUAAGAAGAAAAGAUGAGAGUGUGAUUAGUUAGAAAAUAAAUAACUAAGUUCUAUGAAUUAGUUCCAUAGACUUGUAUGAUCAGAUAAAUGCUCUGUGGCCUGGGAGGGGUGCGAACAAAUCUUUUUAUAAGAAGGAAUUUGAACUGGAUCAUGUUAAUAAAUGAGACAGAGGCAAGUCAUUCUUUGGGUGGCAAAACUACACUAGCAAAGCAAAGGUAGACCUGUGGCUAUUUGGAAAGGCCAUGGAGAGAGAGUCAAGGCUGGACAACAACGCACUAUGUCAGCAUUGCUCUUUCAAAGUUAUGAGUAGAGUGGAAGCACAUGGACAGGUUUGUACAAAGGUUAUUUCAUGGCUUUGGUGAGCAUUCAGGGAAAGUAGAUCAGCAGCAAUAAGUUCAGAGUGAGAUUUGGACACCUUGGCUAAACAGUGGGGAAGCAUCACUUCGGCAUAUAGGACCUAGAGUCAGCAGAAUUUUGGGUAAAUUGGAGGUAGAAGUGAACGAGAACCUCCAGACUCAAGCAGUUUGGAAUAACCAUAGAAUAAACAACAAAUAAGAGAGUACAGUAAAGAGUCUGGCCUACGAGGGUAGUCUCAUUUUAAAGCCUGUAGCCUCAGCUGGUAUUUUGUACCUGCCCUUCAGACCCAAAUUUUGCCAUACCAAUUUUGAAUCUUAGGGUGUAACCAGGGGACUUAUGAAUCAUGAGCCUAAAGUCUAGAAAUAAUACAGAUUCCUUAUGGAUUCAGCUAAGGAUUGCUUAUAUAAUUUGAACCCAGAGCUUUACAACUUUAAGCAGAGGCCCUAAGAUAUGAGGGGAGAGCAUCAAUUUUCUCUAUUUACCUAGCAAUCAGCAAAACUGAGAGAAACAAUUUGCGGUGAGCUUCAGAAGUCAAGAAAGUGUAAUUACCACCCUCUGUGUUCCAGGCUAAGAGUGAAGGUUUCAGUUACUCUUUACAGAUGGCUUCUCCACACAAUGCUGAAUUUAUCCAUUGCAGAGAGGUUUGGGAUUUUUCUGUUGUUUUUGCAGUUGUUAUUUAUGAUAUUGUUUUGAAUUUUGGAGCAGUUAAGAUCUUCACAGUGAAGACUAAGGGGAGAAACAAAAGGAUGAGAAUCAUUCAAAGGAUUAAAGUGUCUGGCUAACAAAAGAUGCUACUUGUUUUUCUGAAGCUCUGAGUGUGAAACCAGAGGCUUGUGGCUGUCAGCAGGAAGUGAGCAUUUGCUUUUUUCUUUCCUGAGAUCCACAUUUUCUCCUCCAAUAUGUAGCUGAGACUAGACUCAAAUUUAUACUCCUCCUUCCUACAUCUCAAGCACUGAGAUUACAGGUGUAUAUGAACACACCCAGCUCCAUAUUUUUAUAUUCUUAAGCAUAUAGAAAGUUGUAAAUUCUUUGAAGAUAAUAUGAGACUUAUAAAAAAUGCCUUUAAAAAUAAUUUCAUUUUUGUUCUUUCAAUCAAGUGAACAUUUAGUGAACAGUACACAAAAUUAUGAGAGUAUUUUAUAAAUAGUUAUUUUGGAGAACAUCCCCAAAUAGUACUUAUUUAAAUAUAGUCCUAAGCUUAAAUGGAUGAUGAUGGUGAUUAUAUUUCCUUUAAAAUAUUUUUAACAGUCAACUUUCUUCCUAAGACAGACUGUUAUAAUAAUUAUAGUUAAAGGUGUUACUUCUGCUGGGCGGUGGUGGCACACACCUUUAAUCCCAGCACUUGGGAGGCAGAGGCAGGCAGAUCUCUGUGAGUUCAAGGUCAGCCUGCUCUACGAGAAUAGUUCCAGAACAGGUUCCAGAGCAACAUAGAGAAACCCUGUCUCAAAACAAAACAAAACAAAAAAGGUGUUACUUCUAAGCGCGUAGUUCCUGAGCAGAGUUGCCUUGAGAGAUCGUAAAUUUCAAAUUGUGUUUACCCUCAACCAAAAGAGUUUUAAUAUAUUUACAAAUUGAUGUCAGAAGUCAAGAAUUUGAGAAUAAAGACAUGCAACUUCGUGGUCUGUUGUCUAAGGGGAGGCACAUGGUAGGGAGGAUGAGCAUUGCUUUUCCUUUAUUUAAAAUUCUUUUCCAAAGUGUGUUAGUAAUUUCAGUAAUGGCAACUAUGUAACACUGGAACUUCUGUCCACAUAGUUCUUGGUCAGAGAGAGGAGAGAUGCUUCAAGGAGAGUUUAGAACAUGCUCGUUUUCAGUCUGCUACAGCCUUAGUUUCCAAAGCAGGGUGUGUGAAGAUGUUAGAGUUGGUCAUGCUCCUAAAAGAAGGAACACAAAAUGAGUAGUAAGCAAGACAGGGCUAGUACAGUAACUAUUAUCAGAUUCAAAGGGUUGCUUUUCAUUCCUUAAAUCCAAAGGUGGGAUGUAUCAAAGAAGAGUGAGAGGCAGCUGGGGUUAAAAGAGAAAAGAAUCGGGGACGGGAGCCCUAUCUGCUAUGAUAAAGCCAGCUGUUGUGGGAAUAUGGGAAUGUGUGCUAGUAGCUUUUCUUGUUGCUGUGACAAAAUCUGACAAAGGCAACUUAAAGAAGGGUUUGUUUUUGUUGAUAGUUUGAAGGAAUGCAGCCUACCAUGGUGUGUGAGGAAUGUGAGGUUGUUGGUUACAUUACAUCUGCAUCCAGGGAGGAGAGAGCUGAAUGCUGGUUUCAGCUCCCUUUCUCCUUUUCAUUCAGUCCAAGUCCCCAGUCUAUAGAAUGGUGGUGCCCACAUUCAGGGUAGGUCUUCCCUUCUGAGUUAAUUCUUUCUAGAAACAUCCUCAUAGAUACAACCAGAAAUGUGUUUUCUGGUAAUUCCAGUCAAGCUAUCAAUACCACCCAUCACAGAAAGAGUCAGUUUUUUUAUAGCUGAUGUAUACAGUCUUACUUACCUUUCCAUAUGUUAGAUGAAUCCAUGACAAAAAGAUGUUUUAAGUGUCAAAUGACUAUGUAUAUAUUUCUUUCACAAUUUUAUAAAUAUUUUAAUGUUUCAUUUGGCUUUAUGUUGUUAUGACUUCAUUGGAUUAUAAAUUCUGUGUUAUAAUUCUAA